GCAGGCACCGGGAGAUUCGAGCCCGGACCGCGGUCCUGAUGCACCAACACCGCCAGAAGCUUCUCGUGGAGCUCCGAUCCACCAUGGCCGUCUGAUGCGUGUCUUAUCCGUGGAGCCAUGCUGUUGUUGUCGUCUACAACCUUCCAGAGCGGGAUCGGUAGCCGUUAAACCUUCACAUCCAUACAGAUGGAGGCUAUGGAGGUGGACUUUCCUGUGGAGAUUCAGGGAGGAGGCAGCAGACAGCCUGAGGUCGCUGCUGCAGCCUUGGACUCCGGCGUGAUACAAGUCAUCUCAGACUCCGGAAGCAGCACCGAGGUGGACGAGGACGAUGAUGAUAAUAAUGAAGGAGGACAGUCGGCGGCUCGUGCACCGCCCAGACUUCCUGCCACGUGGGCGUUCAGUCAGAGAGCGGUAGGCAGCUCUGGAGUCACAUCUUCAGCCGCUCAGGGGGCGCCAAUGCGGAGGAGACUCAGGCAGGGUCUCAGGGUGCACUACCCCAGCCAGACUGCAGCGCCCUCUAGAGGCUUUCCAGACUUCCUGCUCCGAGCGCCAGCGGCCAGCGUGGCUGAGCCCGAGUCCGGCAGCACCACUGAGGUCAGUGAGUCUGAUGAGGAGGAAGACGAGGAGAGGAAUGAAGAAGGCACGCCUGCUGCUGUGGCGCCUGUAGAGCCUGUGCUGCCUGCUAGUCCUCGUGUCAGCGCCUCCGUCCAACACGCACAACAACAGGAAGCCGAUCCAGCCAACUCCAGUUCAGCUGCAGAUGGUCAGAGGACAGACGCUCAAAAUCAGAAUGUCCAGCCGGUCCCUGUGGCCUCGGCUUCUAUCCAGCCGUCGCCUGCCGAAGAGGGCGAAGGCGACAUCUGCUCAAUUUGUUUUGAGGCGUGGACAACAGCGGGCGAACACCGACUGUCCGCUCUGCGCUGCGGACAUCUCUUUGGUUUCACCUGCAUCCAGCGCUGGCUGAAAGCACAAGGUCCAGCCGCUAAAUGUCCACAGUGCAACAAAAAAGCAAAGCGCUCCGACAUCGUUCUGCUGUACGCUCCGAAGCUGAGAGCGCUCGACAACUCCGAGCAAGAGAGCUUGAAGAAGUCUUUGGAGCAGGAGCAGUCUCUGAGGAGGAAAGCUGAACUGGAAUCAGCUCAGUACAAACUGAAACUGCAGGUUGUCACCAACAAAUAUGGACAAGCACAACAAGAGCUACAGGAGCUCAGGGCUCUGAUGGCCCAGGCUGGUAGGAGCUCAAUUCCCUCCUCUUCCUCUUCGUCCUCCUCCUCGGCAUCGACCUCGGUUCUCCUCGGUGUGUCUCAGAGGGCGGACGGCUCGAAAAUGGCCCAGUACAGUUUCUCUAAGGCGGUGCUGGUGUCUCAGGCAGGAGGCUCGAGGGUUUUAUCCUACUGUGAACCUCUGAGCUGCCUGCUGGCCUCGCAGCCUUCUCCUCACUCCACACUGGUGCCUGGUUGUGGGGUGAAGAAGGUGAGUGUUGUCAACAUGAAGGCGAGUCAGUACGUUCCCAUCCACAGUAAACAGAUCCGAGGGCUGUCCUUCAACAGACAAAACGACAGUCUGCUGCUGUCUGCUGCUCUGGACAACACUAUCAAGCUGACCAGUCUGCUGACCAACACGGUGGUUCAGACCUAUAACACAGGUAAACCCGUGUGGAGCUGCUGCUGGUGUUUGGACAACAGCAACUAUGUCUACGCAGGUCUGAGCAACGGCUCUGUUCUUAUCUACGACACCAGAGACACCAGCACACAUGUUCAGGAGCUACAGCCGCUGCGCUCCAGGUGUCCGGUGGCUUCUCUGUCUUAUAUCCCUCGUGCGGCAUCCAGCUCGUUCCCCUGCGGCGGGCUGAUCGCCGGCUCUCUGGCAGGAGGGUGUUUCUGGGAGCAGGUCAAUGAGACCACAUACAGACCACAUGUCCUGCCGCUGGAGGCCGCCGGCUGCACUGACAUCCAGGUGGAGACGGAGAGCCGACACUGUCUCGUCACCUACAGGCCAGGACGCUCCAACCAGUCUCUGCGCUGCGUCCUGAUGGCACUGAACCGGACGCCUCAGCAGGACUCCAGUCAGCUGCCCAUCUGCUCCUGCUCUCCGGUGCAGACAUUCAGCGCCGGCUCAUCCUGCAAACUGCUCACCAAGAACGCCGUCUUCAGGAGUCCAGGUGGAGAGGGGACGCUGGUCUGUGCUGGGGACGAGGCCUCCAACUCCACUAUGGUGUGGGACGCAGGCAGCGGCUCUCUGCUCCAGAAGCUUCCAGCUGACCUCCCGGUGUUGGACAUCAGCCCGUUCUCUGUGAAUGGCGAGCACUUGCUGGCCGCGCUCACUGAGAAGAUGCUAAAGAUCUACAGGUGGGAGUGAACAAGCAGGAUUUCCACAAACCAACCAGAACAUAAAAACACACACGAGGAGAAGACACAGUCUGUGUGGAACUGGUGCAAAAUCAAAUGCUGCUUAAAGACAUAAAAAACUGAUACUGGGAGAGAUCAACCCAGGAAAACAAGUUGUUUUCUUUUCCUUUUUUUUAAACCAAGCAUCCACGUUACUGCACAUCUGGUGACCUUUGACCUGCACAGGAAGCCAGAUGACUAGUCAGGUGUGUGAUAACUGGACAGUAAUGUUUCUCCCGUACAAAGUCGUAAGAUUGUGUUUACAUAAGUCAAACGGUCGAAUUAUAAAUGUAUACGAGUCCUGUCAGAUCUGCUCAGCUGCUACAGACGUUCAAUCGAGUAUGCAGAAGGUGAUUUUCUGUUUGGUGGAUUUAGUCCUUUUUUUUUUUGUUUGGUGCCCUGCAGUUAAAGGACCAACAUACAUGUUUGUGUGAGAGGUGCAGUUCUUCAAACUACAAAUCAUUUGGCCUUUAUUUUUUUAUUACCAUUUUCAGCCUGUUAAGUUUUUUGUGCUCUAUUUUGUCCUAUGUUUUUUGUACAGUAUGAAAAUCAAUUUAACAGACUUGAGAAACCCGUUACCCAAUCCUUUUCUUUCCUGGUUGAUUGGAAUUGUUCGGUCCAUAAAAUGGGAUUAGAUGGUAAAAUUGCUUGAGAUUACAUCAUCAGAUCGCUUGCUUUUACAACCAAAAUUCCAAAUAUCUGAAGAUAUUCACUUUGGGGUCAUGAAAGACAAAUGUUUCACGUUUUGGGAACCACAACCUACGGAGCCCAGGUGAAGCAAAAAGUUUAACACAGAAGGGGGAUAAACAAGAUGGGUUAAAAUUUUGCACACUCUUGCAAAACUGUGUUCCACCUGAAAAUAUUUACUGUGGCAACAAGCGUCCAAGUGCCUCACCUUAGCCAGUGACCAUCUGAAUUUUGAUAUACAACAGUGUUAUUAGGGCAAAGAUGGCCUCGGAUCAGGAAGUUCAAACACUGCUUUAUUUCGAGACUCAGGAGGCCACAGUUGUGCACUCAGAUGUUCGUUAAUGCAGUAACUAUUUAUUGAGAGAAUGCUAAAAAUGCUCUGUUUUCUUUCCUCUAUCUAUUUUGUUUCUCUUCCUCUUUUUAACUCUUUUUUUUUGGAGUUUGAGAUGUCCCAGGAUCCUUGAAUCCACCGCUCUGUGUUUUAUGUCAGUUUGACAAAGAUGACUAAAUGUUCUGUCAUCUGUUUUUCACAUACUAAAAUGAAGUGAAGUCAAUGGCUGUCUGAAUGUUACGAAACAAUGUAAAACCUGCUGGUGUUCUCCGCGUGUCAAAUGUUCAUGACGUUUGAAAUAAUUAGAUUUACCCAUUUGAACAUGUUGGAUUUUCACCAUGGGGUAUUUUUUUAUCAUCUUCUGUCUGAUUUGAAUCUUUCCUAUUUUACUCUACACCCGAACAUUAAGUGCCAAAGGACUCAGCUGUUUGUUGUAAAUUUUACUUUCUUCUUUUUCUUUCUAAAGGAAGUUGUAUAUAUGUAUAUUUGCUACCAACUGUUUUGUGUACGACUUUAAAGUUAAUAAAAAUGACUUAUUUUUUAA